AUGACUGUAGAAAAUGGUUUGGAAGUCCAACCAAACUCUCCCAACAUUUUCCCCAAUCCACGUGGUUUUGGUGAGAAACCUGCCAUCCGAACGACAAGUACCCGAGGAUGGCAUGAUUUGGACAACACCGACUACGACUGCUGGCCUUUGGAAAACCCGCAUGAGUACAACAUGAUAAAUUGCCAGGGUCUGGAGAUGGCUUGGGUACAGAGACCUUCAGAGAGGGUGCUGAGUGGUGAAGAAUUCAGCGUGACCUAUGCGGUGACAGUGAAUGAUCGUUUUUACCACUGGGCGGUGGAGAGUGGUAUUCUCUCAUACGGGUGGGUGACACAUUCCUGCCGCUUCUAUGUAGAUGCUGACGAAGCAAAGAUAUUUUGUGAGGAGAAGGAGUGCCCACUGAAUUGGAAGGAUGCAAAUGAAGACAACUGCUGUGUGCAUCAUGCUAACAUACAUUCCUGCCCUCUGGCAUUCAUGGUGAAAGAGGGCAUUUGUGGUCCUUGGAUCCCAGAUGAUGGUCAGAUAGUAACUCAUACGGUGUCGACAGCAGGGAAAAUGAGUCAAAUUAACUGGACCGCCAAGGUGGUCCUUUUCCAUCUUGGUGUAACCUCCCUAAUAGCUCAUAUCAAGGUUGGACAAAUGCAAGCAGCAUUGGAGGCAAAAACCUUGGUGCUACCCGCAAAAGUCUGCGGAGAUGAUAACUGCGAUGAAGAUGAAACGUGUUCCACCUGUCCUGCAGACUGCGGUGAUUGCACUGCCACCAUCAAAAUUGCCAUAAGUUUCCCCAUCUCACUGGUCUGCACCGGCCUGCUCCUCACCAUUGCGUGGGUUCAGUACCAGAAGCAGAAGAUGUUGUGGGAUGAAAGCUGGAUCAUUGACUUCAAUCAAGUUAAGCAAGACCAUGCCAUGCUAGGCAGUGCCAUUAGCAUUCCUAAUGGGGCGAGUGAUUCCAACACCAGCUGUAUCACCACCGCCAGCUCAUGCACAGGAGCUCUCAAUGCGUCAAGGAGACAGCACUUCACCCAGACAGGCAUUUUUGAUGGUCGAACCGUUGCCAUCAAGAAGAUAAAGAAGAGAACAUUCACCCUUUCAAAGUCCAUUCGCAAAGAGGUGAAGCAUAUCCGGGAACUUGAUCAUCCAAACCUCUGCAAGUUUAUUGGUGGCUGCACUGAACUUCCUAACGUGGCAAUAAUAACGGAAUACUGCCCGAAAGGCAGCUUGAACGAUGUGUUGCUCAACGAGGACAUCCCAUUGAAUUGGGGCUUCAGAUUCUCUUUUGCGACUGACAUUGCCAGAGGGAUGGCAUAUCUUCACCAACGUAGGAUUUACCACGGCCGGCUAAAGUCCACCAACGCAGUGAUCGAUGAUCGGUGGGUUUGCAAACUUGCAGACUUCUGCUUGCCAAUUUACAGGAAAGAGGACAUUUUUGAUCCCCCUACUACCUACUGUCAGCGGUUGAAUCAAGUAUACUUACCCCCUGAGGCCCAGAUGGCAUCAAACUUUGACCCCACCCCCGCUGCAGACGUAUACAGCUACGCUAUAAUUCUACUGCAAAUUGCAACCAGAUGUGACCCUGUGCCGAGAGAAGAUGGAAAUUUGGCUGAAUUUGGGAGGUGUCCACCUUUGCCAGAAUUAAUAAGUGGAAAAUCAGAAAAUGCUUGUCCUUGUCCCUCUGAAUAUGUCAUGCUGAUCAGAAAAUGCCGAGCACAGACUCCAACUCACCGACCCUCCUUUGAACAAGUCAACAAGUACCUGCACAAGAUCAAUCCCAACAAAGUCAGCCCUGUGGACAUGAUGAUGACUCUGAUGGAGAAGUACAGCAAACAUCUGGAAACAUUGGUGGCUGAGAGGACUCAGGACUUGGUCCAUGAGAAACAAAAAACUGACCGUUUGCUUUACAGUAUGUUGCCAAAGCAGAUAGCUGAUGAUCUAAGGCAAGGAAUCAUGGCUCAAGCCCAGAACUACUCAAGUGCCACUAUAUUCUUCAGUGACAUUGAAGGCUUCACACAGCUGUCAAGCAUGAGUACACCAUAUCAAGUUGUAGAAUUGUUAAAUAAAUUAUACACAACCUUUGAUGAAAUCAUAGACAAUUAUGAUGUCUACAAAGUAGAAACGAUAGGAGAUGCAUAUAUGGUGGUUUCCGGAGUACCAAAGGAAAACGGCAUUGCUCAUGCAAGUCAGAUCGCCAGUAUGGCCCUGGAUUUGGUAGCCGUGUGUAACACUUUCAAAAUUCCACACAAGCCACAGACUAAACUCAAGAUCCGGGCUGGAAUUCAUUCAGGACCUGUGGUUGCCGGCGUAGUUGGGACAAAGAUGCCUCGGUAUUGCCUGUUUGGUGACACUGUAAACACAGCUUCAAGGAUGGAAUCAACAAGUGAAGCAAUGAAGAUACAAUGCAGUUCCAGCACGUACAGUCUACUGGAGCAGUUUGGAGGAUAUGUCUUAAUAUGCCGUGGCACAUUUCAAAUAAAGGGGAAGGGCAACAUGGUGACCUACUGGCUUGAAGCAAAGCAAAGUUCAUCAUCAAACAUCUCAGCAAGUACACCAACCAAGGCGCCGCUGGACAAAGCAUGACCUGAAAACAUCCCCCCCAUCCCAGAGUCAGAGAGGGAGAGAGAGAGAGAUGUAUAGUGCCAUUCCUGGAUUGCUGACCAAUAAUCUUCAAUACACUUCUUGGUAGCCAAACAUCUAGAGCUUGAGACCACGAAGCGUACAUCGUUUAAUGUUUUCAGUAAUUCAGAACCAGCAAAGACUCAUUCUGCAGGCAAGGUAAAGGGCCUGUCCCACUUACGCGACUU